AUGCCCAAACGACGCGCGCAGGACUCAGACGAUGAGAUUGAUGGACCUUCUACGGCAGGGACUCCCGUCUCAAAGCGACCUCGUCCAGAUACUGAGGCCCCGAAACCAUCUCAGGCUCGACGCAAGGACAAGGGCAAGGCCAAGCAAACAGAAGAGAUAGACGACGACAGUGAUGAGAGUGAUGAGGAGGAAAGAGAGGAUCAAGAUAUCAAGAAUGAAGAAGAACAACAAUUCGAACAGGGCUACGAGGAUAUCAUCCGUGCCCACAUCGAAGCGAAGCGCAAAGUGCAGGGAGGUGUCGCAGAACAUGGAAUCAUUGAAUCCAUAGAAAUGCACCAGUUCAUGUGCCACAAAUAUCUCACUUUUGACUUUGGUCCUCAGAUCAACUUUAUCAUUGGUCAUAACGGAAGUGGCAAGAGUGCGGUCCUCUCAGCGAUUACUGUAGCACUUGGUGGGAAGACUACCUCUACUGGUCGAGGGAGUGGCCUCAAGUCAUUCAUCCGCGAGGGCCAGUCACAAUCAGAAGUAACGAUCACGAUCAAGAAUCAAGGCGAAGAGGCAUAUAAGCCUCAAGAAUAUGGUAAAUCAAUCGUUAUUACGCGAAGGUUCUCCAAAGAAGGCUCGUCGACUUGGAAGAUCAAGUCUAAGGACGGCCGUACAAUCUCGACUAAGAAAGAGGACCUCGCUGCGAUUUGCGAUCAUAUGAAUAUUCAAGUCGACAAUCCCAUGAACGUCCUUACUCAAGACGCGGCUCGUCAAUUCCUUUCUGCUUCCCACCCUAACGAUAAGUACAAGUUCUUCCUCAAAGGGACGCAGCUAUCCCAGCUUUCCGAAGAAUACGAACUUUGUUUCGAUAAUAUCAAGGCGACGAGCAGGGUUCUCAAUCAGAAGAAGGAAGCCCUCCCCGAUUUACGCGCAGAAUUCCGCGAAGCGACACGCCGAUUCGAAGAAGCCGCGAAAGCAAGGGAGCUGAAGAAGAAACAGGACGAGCUGAAGAAAGAACUUGCUUGGGCGCACGUGAAAACCAAAGAAUUGGAGAUGGAGAAGCAAAUGAAGGAUACGGCCAAGCUAGCCAAAGGUGUUCCAAAGCUUCAAGACCUUGUUGAUGGCGCCGAGGCGAAAUUCCAAUCAGCCACUGAGGAGGUGGCGCAAUAUGAAAGCGAAUUCAAGGAUCUGGGUGAUAUAGGCCACCUCAACGACCGAAAGAAAGAGUUACAAGAUCAAAUCCGAGCUAAUAAGAACAAGUUGACUGACUUCAGGAACGACGAGAAGCAGAUCGACUCCUCUAUUAAGGGCAUCAACCGCCAAAUUGAUGAAUACACCCAGCAGAUAGCCAUCGAGACUCGAAAGCUGGAAGUAGAUACACAGGCAAAGCGCGAAGAAGCCCAGCAGCGUUUGCAGGUCGCCAGAGAUGCAGUCACCGUUGCCGAAAGCCGUCUUGCAGAACAUCAGGAACAACGUCGCGACGCCCAACAGCGAGCCAAUGACUUGAGAGCCCAGGGCAUGGACAUUGAGACGAAGCUGACAACUACUCAGGGGCAUAUUACAGAGUUCCAGGAGCUGAUUUCGCAUUGUCAAAAGCAAGUGAGCGACGGGCUAUCUGCCUUUGGUAAGAAUAUGGAUGCCGUCAGAACACAAGUGAAAAAGAUGGCAUGGCAUGGCGACUUACCACUCGGCCCCCUUGGAGUUGGUGUCAAAAUUCGCGAGGAGAACAAAUGGGCUGCUGAUGUGCUUCGUGCCCAACUCGGUAAUCUACUAGUUGCGUGGGCAGUCACCGACGCCAGGGAUAUGCCAGCUUUGAAGAAACUGCUUCGCGAUAGUAACAAUGGUAACGUCAACGUUAUCAUUUUUGAGAAGGAUCUCUUCGACUACUCUCAGGGCGAACCUGCGGAGGGUAUGUUGACUGUGCUCCGCGCGCUUGAGAUUCCCGACCCUUACGCCCUGCGCAUCCUAAUCAAUCAAGCCAUGAUUGAGCGUAUAUUCCUAGCUCGUGACUAUAAGGAUGCGGACGAAAUGUGCAAAUCCUCUCGCCAGGGAGGGGUGGCGUGGACCGCGAAUGGCCUACGAGUGAACGUCUUCGGUGGUGGAGGUGGUCAAACCACGCAAUUGCAAACGCUUAGGGGCGGUGACCCAAUGAAUCUCCUACUUAGCGCGCGAGAUGUCGCUGUUGAUACCCAACAUUACCGACAAGAGCUUAGCAAACAUGAAGAGGAAUUCAAGCGUCUGACGGCGGAAAAGAAUCAACUCAAGACACGAUUCGGCGCGGCGCGGCGCGAGGUCGACCAGAUCAUGGCCGCGGAACGUAAGGCCGAUACAGAGGCACGCGAGGCAAAAGUGAUCGUAGAUAAUCUUUUGCAAGCGCAGAAUGACGAUCUCCCCGCCAACGUUGCUUCUUUGGAGGCAGCUAAACGCGAAGCUGAAGCUGAGAAGGAGACCAUAUUGGCUCAGUACACCGCAUUGACCAAGCAAAAGAGCAAGGUCGACGACGCUCAGAAACCCCUCAUGAUUGAGUUCAAUAGAAUCAGGGACGAAAUAUCGGAUUUCGAUCGAAAGGGGGAUGCGAUUCGCAACAAAAUCGAGAAUGCGGUGACUUUGCGUAUGAAGGCUCAGAGUGACAAGAACCAUUACCAGGCUAAGCUUCAAGCCGAGCAGCGGAAGGUCGACGAAGCUGAAGCCCAGGUCAAGGUUCUUACUGAAGAGUUCAUCAAUUGGACCGCACGAGCGGAAGAAUACUGCGAACGCGUAGAGAAUCCCCGAAAGCCAGACGAUAUUCAGAAAUCCAUCAAGGCCGUGGACCAGGCCUUGGCAGAUCGUGAAAGGAGACAGGGCUCUUCAGUGGAGGAACUGACGAUCCAAGUUAACAAGGCGAAAGCCAAGUUGGACCUUGUCGAAAGGGAUCUGAAAUCGAUGGCUGUAUUGAACAAGGCAUGCUUCCGCUUCUCUCCCGCUGAAUUUCGUCGACAUAUCGCCUUGCGCUGCAAACUCGUCUUCCAAUAUAACCUCUCUCAUCGUGGUUACUUUGGCAAGGUGCUAUUUGAUCAUGCCAACGGCACCCUCCAGCUCAAGGUACAAACAGAUGACAUGGCCGGUACGCAGGGGGCGCAGGACAAGGACCCGCGUUCUCUCAGCGGUGGCGAAAAGUCGUUCUCCACCAUCUGUUUGCUGUUGUCUCUUUGGGAAUCAAUCGGUUGCCCCUUACGCUGCCUCGAUGAGUUCGAUGUAUUCAUGGACGCUGUGAACCGUCGUAUCAGUAUGAAGAUGAUGAUUGAGACGGCCAACUCAUCUGACAAGAAGCAAUACAUUCUCAUUACUCCUCAAGACAUGACGAACGUUCAACUCGGUCCCACUGUCGUGGUCAAUAGGAUGCCCGAUCCUGAACGCGGCCAAGUUUCUCAAGCUUAG